UACCUAGGCGUUUAGGUAUUAGGCAUAAUGUAUUUAACUCCCGUUUAGUCCUGAUUGUGGGGUGUUCAGUGGAAACUUGCGCAAGAGUCAAAUGUCGACAGAAACAAUUUUCAUAAAAAUUUAUAUAUUUAAAAAAUACGUGAAGUUUACAUGAAAAAGUUUUUCCUAAAAAUUGUUGUUUGAAAUACUGAACAAAUUAAAGAAUUGGUUUUGUUUACAUCCAUUUAAAUGUGAAGAAAACAUGAAAGAAGCGUUUCAGUGAAACUCAUAGCUGAAAUAUAAAUUGAAGAACAGUGAUUGUGACCAGUUUUUGCAAGAAAAUAUCAAGUUAAUUAUUUCGAACUUGUUACCUGGACAUCACUCAACGCAUUUGAUGACCUGCUAAAUCAAAAAAGAUUAAUCUAGCUACUUGAGGAGAGUCGAAUAGUUAUAACAAAUGAAGAUAGCUGAAAGUCUCGAGAGGACCUUUUGAGACCAACAGAAGCAAAAGUGGAAUUGUUGAAGACUAGAGCAGGACAAUAUCCAAGAAGAUAUAAAAUGUGAAAUAUAAUUACCAAAAAAAUUAGGCUUCAUUAAUUUAUAAGAAACUUUUAAAGUAUAGUCAUCAACCAAAGAUUAGUUAUUUAUAUGUAUAAGAAAAAAUCAUUAUCAAUGUCUGCUUAGUAAAUAGGUGUAUUUUUUUGUACAAAUUUGAUCUGUUUGAUAUGAUAACAGCUAUCAUUGGCAUUGUGAUCUUUUUUAUAAUAUCUUUCAUUAUAACAGUUAAAUAUAACAAAAAAGCAAAAAUGGAUGUUCAACAAGUAAAAGAAGAAGAUUUAAAGAAACUUGUAAUUGAAUGGAAAGAAAGCGCUUCCCCCGAGUCUGAAUUCAAAAAAAUAUGGAAUCUUUAUGAAAAAAACAAACUUGAUGAAGAAACACUAGCAGAUAUAAUUUCCAUCGGUGCAUAUAAUACUAAAUAUUGGACGCAAAGUUUCUUCCGUAUGCUCCUCCCAGAAAUAAACCUUGUAACCAACGUGAGUGAUAGGUUAAAAAUAGUCAAAGAUAUCUUGAAAGGCUUUGAUAUAACAGCAUUCAAAGUUAGAAAUUUAGUUGAUUUGUCAAAUGCCACUGAUGAAGUAUCUGAAAAACUAUUGGAAGCAGCCCUGAAAAUAGUCCUAGACCCCACAAAAGCUAUCAACGACAAACUUUAUGUCUCCAAUGUUUUAGUUAAACAAACAAAAAUGCACAAAGAUUUUUUGGGAUCCGACCAAAUAAAGAAUUCUUUUAAAACUAUAGCUUUAGGAAAUAAAGAUACAGAUUUUAACCCAAAAGUAUUCUUAUUAAGUUAUAUUGCGCUGCAAUGUCUUAAACCCGCGAUGAAUGAUUUGCCUUACGACUUUUAUGACCAAUUUUACAAAACAAACCUACGAGAAAACAUAAAAUCACUUUCGACCUCAGAAACCAAAGGUAAACCGAUACAAAAGCUUGAUAAUUACUUGGAGUCGCAUUCAUUUACAACGUCAGAAAGAUUCUCUUUGCUCGAGACUCUAUCUGUUAUUGUAUACAAUGGCUAUAAGAUAGAUCCAUCUCUUUUCACAUUAUUUGAUCCUAAAGACUGGAUUCGAGAGCUUCUAGUAUACACGUUGUUGGGAAGGUCCAUGGAAGUUGACGCAAACGGAUGGAACCAGAAUAAAGUCCAUGAAUUCAUGAAACAAGUUCAUAUGCUCUAUGCAGAAAUAGAGAAACACAACAACGGAUGCAGUAGAGAAAAGUUGGAGAAGUUUUUGAAACAACUUCUAAAUCAUCAACAUAAGAAAGAGUUUGACUUACCGCAGGUUAUAAAUAUUCUAACAAUGGCACAGGCGCACGUUGCAGAAAUAGAUACUGUGUUGGAUGAAACAGGAGAUGUUGAGCUUAAACUGACGCAUAUGGAGUUCGUCUGGCUUAGAAAAGUAUGUAAUGAGAGGGGCAUAGUUUAUGCUGCUAAUGAAACAAAUGAUGGAAAAACAGAAAUGCAGAAAUUACACCAACUUUUCGCUCAUUACGAUGUUGCGAUCAUCAACACCCUUCUUGGUAAAGUCAAAAAGAACACCCGUAUAUCAGAUUUAAUCGAUUUCAUUAGUCUUCUCAACGAGACUCAGUUUACGUAUUACAACAAGGUAGUAUUUAUAAUGAACCUUCCUGCAAAGUCAGUCUUUUGGUGGAAGUCUGAGUUGUCGAAAUUGAUAGUGCAUCUCCUCGUCAAUUAUGAAAAUCCUGGCUUUAAGGAGAUCAUCUAUAACAGGAAUUUAACUAAAAACAUGGAAUUAAGUAUGGAAAGUAAAAAAAGGUUCAAAACAAUAUAUUUUGAGAAUUCUGAUCGAAAUAAAUUUAUGAGCCAUUUUGAAGAUAGUUUCGACAGUUUAAAAGAUGCUCUUAAUUCUAUUGUAAAGACCAAAAGCUCUUUAAAUCAUACUAAAGCCAUGAUUGAGAUGCUUUCAAAGCUGAGUGAGCUGAUACAUCAUGGAAACUGGUCCAUUGAAAGAGUUGCGAUGAUUUUACACUGUCUUGAUACUCCAACAAAAAUGAGAGAAUUGGCAAAGACUAUAGAAAUUAUUUUGGAAUUUAAUGUAGAAGAAGGAAAAGAUAUAAAUGAAAUAUUUAAGUCUAGUAAAACGUUAGAAUUGUACAACAAUGUGUAUGAAUGUGCAAUGAAACAAUAUUUCACAGGGACUUACGAAAAAGACAAUAAUGAAUUAUUAAAUGAAAUAAAUACUUUAAACAAAUCCAAAAAUAUAUCAUUUCUGAGCCGAUUAAGCACCACAUAUGAUGAAGUUCAGAAAGCAUAUACAAAUAGCUCUGAAAUCGUAACUAGUAGUAAGGCUAUACAAAAAUGGAACUCAACUGACGUGAAGGAGUGGACUACUGCUUUUAAAACUGAUUUUAAGAGCGAAAAUCCGAAAGCAAGUGAUGCUGAGAAAAUAGCAGUAAUAAUGAGAACUGUGAAACUAUCGAUAAACAUUGAACCAAGGCCGAUUCAGAUAAUGUCGGUGUUAUUGCUACUGAACCCAGCGUCAAGCAAAGGCCGCCUGGCGCAGAUAAACACUGGUGAGGGAAAAACCACUAUCAUUGCGAUGAUAGCCGCCUUCCACGGCUUGCACAACCUCCAGGUUGAUAUCGUGACCACAUCGCCAGUCCUAGCGGUACCUCAGUGUCGUCAGCUCGAAGGGUUCUACGAGACAUUGGGACUAACUGUGUCUCACAACUUCAACAAUCCAGAUGGUUACAAAUCAGACAUCUGCUACGGCCCACUACUGGACUUUGAAGCAGAUGUACUGCGAGAUGAGUGCAACUUGACCCAACCCACCAACCCCCUGAAACGGCGACGACGCGGCAGACGAUUCGACAUCGUCAUAGCUGAUGAAGUGGAUAGCAUGUUCAUCGAUGGAAAUGAUCACAUCGUCAGGCUAUCCGGUACAAUGCCCGGUAUGAACCACCUGGAAACCCUCCUGGCUGCAAUAGUGUUGCAAAUUAACAGCGUUGCUGGUUGCAUAAAACAAGAAAACGGGACAGCCUAUUUACUACAGCCAAAGAGCAGAAUCAAUGAGGAUGGCUCUUUAGCUACGGAGGAAGAGGUGGAUGCUAUUCCUCUAGAUUGCACUGUUCGAGAAUUCAUACGCGAUGCUACCGAAAAACAUAUCAGGAAGCUUGUUCGAGAUAUCGAAGCAGAGGAAGGUUACCCUGAAGUCCAAAUUCCAAAUCAUUUGAGAGAGUUUGUCUGCAAAAUUCAAAUCCCUAAAUGGAUAAGCAGUGGAAUAAACGCCAAAUAUGCCUAUGAGGAUACAAAGCACUAUGUGAUAAAGAAGGGGAAAAUAAUGCCUGUUGAUGCGAACAACACUGGAGUGGUGCAAGAGAACCAGCACUGGAGUAACGGCAUCCAUCAGUUCCUCCAGUUCAAACAUGGAGCCAAGUUAUACCCUGAGAGUUUGACCAACAACUAUAUCUCAAAUGUGGGGUUCUUCAGGAGAUAUGGCAAGAAAAUAUACGGAUUGACCGGAACUUUGGGCGAUGAAAAGAGUUGCGAGUUUUUGGAAAAGGUGUAUGAUGUUGACACGGUCAUCAUACCACCAUUCAAGAAAAAGCAACACGUUCAGCUAGAACCGGCGUUUGCUGUUUCGGAUGAGUUGUGGCGAAAUAAAAUUGUAGACAGUUGCAUAACAAAACUGAAGCAAGGCCGUGCUGUCCUGAUAAUAACCAAGUACAUAAAAGAAAUAGACCAACUAAAUAAGAGAUUCAACGAGUUACAAUACGAUAAAUCCAAAAUAAUACUUUUCAAAACAGACGAUGACACCCACGUCGUGGAGAAAUUAAUUAAACCCGGAGAGGUGAUAUUGACCACUAAUAUUGCGGGCAGAGGAACAGAUAUAAAACUUGACAAAGCUGUUGACGAAAAAGGGGGGCUACACGUAUGUCUCACCUUCUUACCGAUAAAUACGAGAGUAGAGCAACAGAACAUCGGCAGGACGUCGCGUACAGGAAAUAGAGGGACCAGUCAGCUGAUUCUACUGAACCAAGAAUUAGAAGACAUUAAGGAAAUAAAGAGGCAGCGAGACGAAAAGCAGAACAACGCUAUCGCAAAAGCAGAGAAAGCGGUAGAGGUGGUCAUCACCAAGGAAAUGGUAUUCGCAAAGUUUUUAAAUAUGCUCAAAAAUGAUAUCAAAGGACGUAGCGAACGUAAGAAAAUUGACGAGGCUGAGGCCGUUCAGGAAAGGUUCGCGUUGUGGUUGAAAUUAAAUGAUAAAUAUAUUGACGAAGAAUCAAGGGAAAAUGUACUCAGUAACUUUGAUAAAUUUAAACGGGACGUUAUUUCUGAUGAUGGCUCGAACACACUCAUUAAGAAUCCGUACUUUUAUGUACAGAUUGGCAAUAAGCUUCUCAAAGAAUCGAGUUUUGAUUUGGCUAUUAAAGAGUUUUCUGAAGCUAUAAAAUUGGAUGGGAAUUUUGCAGAGCACGCAUACUAUAACCGAGCCUACUGUCUUGUAGCGCGUUACGGUGAGAACAUGUCAGGGAAUAGAUACUACAUCGAUGAUGCAAUUGGUGACUUUAAGAAGGCGCGACAGCUUAUACAAAAGAGACAAGCAGAUUUACAUUUGAUACAAAGAGCUUCAGAUGCGGAAAAUUUCUCACAGCAAGUACAGCACAAAAUGAACUUGUACAAUAUUCAAAAACAAGCUAUAGAUCUGGCAAUAGGGCCAGAUAAAAAUGAAAUAGAUGAGCAGAUCAAAUCUCUUACGGAAAAGCUUAAAUCUGUAACUGACUCAGAUGAAAAGAAGGAAAUAGAGGAACAAAUAAAAUUUAUGAAAGAUAAUAGAAAACAGGACGGUGUAAUUGAAGACGCACGCGGAAAAGAAAGAAAUGUCAAAAUAGAACUGAUGGCCUUGAGUGACUGCUUGCCUGAAAAUGAUAUGGAAUUAUAUACAGAAGAGAUUGAAGAACACAAAAAGAACGGAUUUAUUGGAGGGUUUAAAAUCACUGAAAUAAAACCUAUAGAUUGGCUAGCUGUUUUCGGUUUACUAGUGUUGGGCCUUGGUCAGUUGAUUGCUGGUGCUGCCUUAGCUGUAUAUACUUUGGGUUCUGGCGCUACGUUAGCUAUGAAUUUGAUAACGGAAGGCAUAAGUGAUAUUAUUACUGCAGUUAAGGACGGCAUAAUAAAUAGAGAUUUCAGUUGGGCAUCUUGGGCUAUCCAGAAGGCUAUAAGUAUUACUAUAUCAGUAGUUUGCGCUGGCAUGUCAGCAAUAAAGGACGUUGCUAGCACCUGUGCGUCUGGUGCGAAGAUGGUUGGCCAAAAAGUCGUGAAUGAAACUGUAAAGGGUGGCUUCAAACUGGUAGCUAAGAAAGUAGCCGUUGAACUAUCUAAAGGAAUCGCAAAAGAAAUUGUUGGUCAAUUAGCUGACUAUGGUAUUGAGAAAACGCUUAUGCCACAGAUUCAGUCGAAACUAAUUGAAAUGAUUGAAGGCCCACUAAGAGAGGCUUUGAUUAAUAAUGAAUACAUCAAGGCUAUGUUAGAAAAGGAUAUGGCAAAUAAAAACAGUAAAUAUGAAGAUUAUAUUAAAAAAACUGCAUUUAAUCUUCUUGACACCACUUGUAAGAGUAAACUAUUAAAUAUAGCUUCUCAAAUCGGUACAGGAAUAGCAGAUAAUAAAAUAAAAGGUUUUUCUGCUGCAAGAAAGGUGACGGAAGCUUUGCUAGCGGUUGAUGAACUAGUGACCCUGGUUCCAGAUUUGGUUAAUAAGUUGAAUGAAAAAGUGGAAGCAAAGGCUAAGAAAGAUAAACUGAUGGAGCAAAAAUCUGAAAACUCUAAAAAUGAUGUUAAGGAAAAUAGUGAAAAACCUUCCAGUGAACAAACUAAAACAGAAACAGAAAAUCAACAAACUACACAUACACAAAAUGAAUCAGAUAUAGAGAUGGAAGAAGAUAUAAAUUUAAAACAAGAUCCCCAAGUACAAGUAGAAGCUGUAAAGCGUGAAAUAAAUCCUUCAAUAUUACACAAAUAUUUAGUCAAAAGUGUCAGCUCCAAAAUGCUGGCUACCAUCAAAGGAAAGAUGAUCAAUCCCGUAGUCCAAGCCGGCGUCAAUUACGGUAUGGAUAAAAUAACGAGUGGCCUCGACGCUACAUUAAACCAUGACAUUGAAAACUACAAAGCUCUUAAAAGGAACAUUCAUUACCAAAAUAAGGGAUACACCAAACCCUCUAUAAGCAAAUCAGAUACUUCCAACAUUGACGAAAGCGAUCCUAAGAUCAAGAAAGCUAAACAAAUUAUAGAAGACGCAGAAGCGGGUGGUAAAAGUGGUCUCAACGAGAUGGGGGCUAUCAGCGAUGAAACAAACCGACCCAUUGAAGUUUACGACGAGAAAGGACGCCUGAAAUUCACCAUUGGCGAUACGAAAACCGGGAAACCAAUGAAAGUCCAAUAUCACAAAGAUGCAGAGCACUACACAAUGCUAGGAGGAAAAGAGCCCAAAUCAAAAGGCAAAGGAGACAACAUGUGCCUUUACAACGUUAUCAGCGAACAAUGCGGCAAAGAUCCCAACUCUUUAAAGAAAGGGUCAUUAGAUAGGAUGCGAACAAAUAUUGUCGAGUUUUCUAAACAAUCUGCAGAUAUAGCCCGCCUAGAGAUGUAUGACGGGUUGAAGCUAUGCAUGGGAGGGGCCAAAACUUACGAUGACACAUUGACUGCUGAGGAAGCCGGCAGAAUCAUAGACGAAUCACAUGGAGCUGAGGCUGAGAUAAAUCCGAAAUAUGCUAAAAGGAAAUGUCCUCCCGGUCAUCCUAGAGGUCACGUGGUGAACCCUGAUGGCAAAGUUGGAGUCCACGAAUACUCUAAGCAGAUCAAAGGUAAGAAGGACAAUGUAAAAUGCGCUUUCAACUCCAUAGAAAUACAGAAUAAGGUGGCAAAGAAAGUUCUGUCACACCCUAGGACUAAAGCAGCCAUAGAUCAAUUGAACGAUACGUAUCGACAAGAAUUGGUGCUUACACGGAAAGAGCUGAAUUUAGAACUGACAGAAUCGAAGUCUUCGAAAUGGAUAAAUGGAAAGAAAGACCAUGACUUUGAAUUUUCCGAGAUAAAAAUAGUCCUCGGUCAUAAGAAGGGAAAAAAGGAUGAUAAAGAUGCUGAUGUGCUUAUAACCUCAUUAUUUCCUGAAGAAUGAUCACUCCUUUCUUCAUUUGCGGAACCUUACAUGUCAACAACGUCUAAAACAUGGAAUACUCAUUCCAAAAUGACCUACCCUUAAUAAAUUCAGUCAGAUACAUUUCCUUCAAACAAUUUUGCAUCGAGGUUGUUUUGCACUGAAAUGGCAAUAACUUUUUUCUAAAUGAAACAAUAGCAACCGUUUAUACCAUUUUGAAAAUUGCAUUAAAUAAGCUAUUUUUUUAAAUAAGGUGCCAGGAUUGCGUGUUAUAUUUAUUUUACAGUAUGUAGAGUCAAAGUUGCUUAUAAAAAAAUAUGACUACCUUGUAUGACUUGGAAAACCGUGUUUUCUUUUAAACAUACAGCAUUACUUGUUAUUUUUUUGACUGUGACCAAUAGCAGGGCUAUACAGGGUGAUGCAACACCAA